AUGAUGCAAAUACAGUGUUUUAUCUACAGGGCCAUAUCGAACAUAGAGGACAUCAUCGAUGAUAACAGCGACUCCUCCUCUUCAUCCAGUACACCUUCUCAACGACAAAGUGAUAAAGAUACACGUAUAGUGUCGUGGAUUAAUGAUAUGUUCCACAUCAGUGAAAAUGCAAUAAGGAGGAAGUGUGAGGGGGAUGUGAUUAAUUAUUUGUCCUUCCAGCGUCACAUCAUUGGUCUGUUAAUAGUUUUGACUGCAUUGUCAAUGGGCGUCAUCUUUCCCUUAAAUUAUUCAGGAACACGUUUUGGCAUGCUUGAAAAUCUCCACUGA